AGAUCUCUCGGCCAAUGGCUCAGUUCAUCUGGUUCGGACACGGGAGAGAAACUGAGUAGGAAAGCCUUUGAUGGCCUGGAAAUACCGGGGUAUCAAACGACUGUAGGGCAUUUGGUCUGUUGUCUUGGCGCUGAUCUCGAGGAGACGAUCCCAUGCGAAAAACUGGAAAAGAAGUCGUUAUUACCUAGAUACCUUGGUCGGAUCAAGGCAAUGCUACGCGGUCAAUUUGGCUUAUGCACUGGUGCCGAGUUGCUAUUGGGAAUCCGCAGUUGCCAACCGGCCGACUGUCCCUAG